AUGUUUUUUUUCCUACACACACUUCUGCUUUUCCAUCACCUUAAUGCACAGGUUGAAAACAAUCUUUGCCGAAUGAUGGGGGACACUAAAUACUCGCUAUUUUCAAAGGAAGGUGAUGUAACUAUUGGAUCAGUUUUUGCAGUUCGCAGUAAAGAAACAUUACCUUUGUUUGCAUUCACACAAAAACCUCAACCUUUGUCAUGCUCCAGUGUGACUCUGAGAGAUUUUCGACUAGUUCAAAUGCUGAUAUUUACAGUUGAGGAGAUUAACAGGAAUGGAAUUUUACUCCCAAAUGUGUCUAUUGGCUACAGAAUAUAUGAUACAUGUGGUUCAAGACUGUCUUCUAUGAGUGCAAUUAUGGCAGUGAUGAAUGGACCAGAGUUUGCAUCAGUUCAAAGAUGCAAUGGACAGACUCCUAUACAUGCUAUCAUAGGAGAAACAGAGUCUGCCACCACAGUCCUUCUGUCGAGAACCACAGGACCUUUUAAAAUUCCAGUGAUAAGUCCCUCAGCGGGAUGUGACUGUCUCAGUAAUAGGAAAGAUUUCCCCUCUUUCUUCAGGACUACGUCCAGUGAUUAUCAUCAGAGCCGAGCACUUGCACUUCUAGUCAAACACUUGGGCUGGACUUGGGUUGGAGCUGUAAACAGUGACAAUGACUAUGGAAACUAUGGAAUGGAAAUGUUUCUGAAUGCAGCCAAGAAGGAGGGGAUUUGCAUAGAGUACUCUGUAAAAUUCUACCGCACAGAGUUUGAAAAACUCCAAAAAGUGGUAAAAACAAUGAAACAAGGCACAGCAAAAGUGAUUGUUGCAUUUGUUUCAUUUUAUGAGAUGGAAUUUUUAGUUGAGCAACUAAGUAUUCAGAACAUUACAGGCCUCCAAAUUGUAGGAGUGGUAGGAUGGAUAACUUCAAAGGCUCUGAUCACUCCAAACACUUUUCGUGUCAUGAAAGGGUCACUGGGGUUUGCAGUGAGCCAAAUCUCUGUUGAGGGGUUUUUAGAUUAUGUUAUGAAAUCAUUCUGGGACACAGUUUUACCGUGCUCACAAAGAGAUGGGAAUUUAUCUCAAGCUGAAUUAAAUUGCAGCAGAUAUAAAGACCUACUCGUGCUGAAAAAUUACACAGAAGAAGCACCUGAUAGAUAUAUAAGUAAUGUCUACAAAGCAGUGUAUGCUGUGGCUUAUGCACUACGCAGUCUGCUCAAGUGCAAAGAACAACGAGGUUGUGAGAAAAAUAUGACAAUACAACCGCAACAGAUGGUUGAGGCUCUUAAAAAGGUUAAUUUCACAGUUAAAUUUGGAGGUCGUGUGUGGUUUGACAGCACUGGUGGUGCAGUGGCGCAGUAUGAAGUUGUGAACUGGCAGCAGGACUCUGAUGGAUCAAUUCAGUUUAAAGCAGUGGGUUACUAUGAUGCCUCACUGCCCCCUGACCAGCGCUUUGUGCUUAACACUGAAAACAUCAUCUGGGCUGGAGGACAGUUGCAGAAGCCAAGGUCUGUGUGCAGUGAGAGUUGUCCUCCAGGUACCAGGAAGGCUACACAGAAAGGAAGACCUGUCUGCUGUUAUGACUGUAUUCCAUGUGCAGAUGGAGAAAUCAGUAAUUUGACAGAUUCAAAUAACUGCAUGCAUUGUCCAGAGGAUUACUGGUCUAAUGCUGAGAACACUGGUUGUGAGUUAAAGGCUGUGGAGUUUCUGUCAUUCACAGAAGUUAUGGGUAUAGUGCUGGUCUUUUUCUCACUGUUUGGAGUAGGAAUAACUGUACUGGUCACAGUUCUGUUUUACAAUAAGAAGGACACCCCCAUAGUAAAAGCCAACAACUCCGAGCUGAGCUUCCUGCUGCUCUUCUCAUUGACUUUAUGUUUUCUCUGUUCACUUACUUUCAUUGGUCGCCCCACUGAGUGGUCCUGUAUGUUACGUCACACAGCGUUUGGGAUCACUUUUGUCCUCUGUAUAUCUUGUGUUCUGGGGAAAACAAUAGUUGUGUUAAUGGCCUUCAAGGCCACACUUCCAGGAAGUAAUGUCAUGAAAUGGUUCGGGCCGGUACAACAGAGACUCAGUGUUCUUUCCUUUACACUUAUUCAGGUUAUUAUCUGUGUGCUUUGGUUAACAAUAUCCCCUCCUUUUCCAUAUAAAAGUAUGAAAUACUAUGAAGAGAAGAUCAUUCUUGAGUGCAGUCUGGGGUCUAUUGUAGGUUUCUGGGCUGUACUGGGUUAUAUUGGUCUACUGGCUCUCUUGUGCUUCAUUCUUGCUUUUCUGGCUCGGACGCUGCCUGAUAACUUCAAUGAAGCUAAAUUCAUCACAUUCAGUAUGCUCAUAUUCUGUGCUGUGUGGAUCACAUUUAUUCCAGCUUAUGUCAGUUCUCCUGGAAAAUUUACUGUAGCUGUGGAGAUAUUUGCCAUUUUAGCCUCAAGCUUUGGUUUAUUAUUCUGCAUAUUUGCACCUAAAUGUUACAUCAUCCUGUUUAAGCCUGAACAAAAUACAAAACAACAUUUGAUGGGAAAAACACAAACCUAG